UUCUUGAUCAGUGAUCACUACCGUUUGUAUUCUGUCCGCCUUCUUUCUUUCUCUCUCUCGAUCAUCGAAUCUUUGUUGUAGAAAGCCCUAAUUGAUCGCAAUGGGAGAAUCAAAUACUAAUUGUCGAAUUUCUGUCCAUCAAGCUCUCGGUGGUGGUUCAGUUGCUGAUGUGCUGUUGUGGAAGAGAUGGGGUGGAGCGUUGUUGACUCUUGGCUCUGCAACAACUCUUUGGUUCCUCUUCGAGCGAGCCGGUUACAAUCUAUUGUCUUUUGUGGCCAAUGUUCUGUUACUGCUUGUUGUAAUACUCUUCGUCUGGGCUAAAUCUGCUACAUUACUCAACAGACCCUUGCCGCCCAUACCUAAUCUGGAGAUUUCUGAGGAUACUGUCGCCAAGGCUUCUGGUGUGACUCGAGUAUAUAUCAAUUAUGCAUUGUCAAUCGCACAUGAUAUUGCAAUCGAAAGAAAUUUCAAACUUUUCCUCCAGGUUGCCAUAUGCCUAUGGUUGGGAUCUUAUAUUGGUGGUCUAUGCAACUUCCUCACUCUGGUCUAUGUUGGGGUUCUUCUUUCCUUUUCACUACCGAUGUUGUAUGACAAGUACCAGGACUGGAUUGAUGAAAGGCUUUGCAUCGUACGGAGAUUCAUUCAAACACAGUACAUGAAAAUUGAUGAUACAAUACUAAAGAAGUUUCCAAUGCCAUUAAACAAGGAAAAAAAGACUCAGUAGGAUUCCAGGUGUUGAGCGGUGUGGAGAUUUUUGUUUCCUGCCUUGGAAGUCUCAGGUUUCUAUUGACCCCAAUAGCUUCUAGCCUUCUACACGUUUGACUGACAGUAUCUAGUUUCAUUAUUUUCAUUUCCUAUUUUCUCCACGAGGCAUCCAAAAUAUAAGUUGAUUAGCAUUGGAGGUUAUACUUGAAAAUUUUGCUUACUGAUGAAGUCCUUUGUUGUUGGAGGGAAGAUAAGCGUGAAUGAAAUCCAUUUUACAGAUGCUUUGGCGUGCACGUUCUUUGUAGUUGGCUUUCUGUCAUCAGAACUACUUUGUUAUGAGGUUUCUUGUUAUGUACAUUGCAUGUGUGAUGGAUAUCCCGGAGUAACAUGUUUCUUUGGGUUUUUUUUUUUCAAUGAGAACCAAAAAAUGCUGUGUUAGAUCA